UCUACUGUACUCUUUAUUCUAUGAUCUGUCUAAUGUCUAUACUCUAUUGAAUUUCCUAAAUUCUAGAACCAUUCGGCAUUCCGAUUAGCAAUAAAUUGCAAAAUAAUAAAGCCGGUAUUUUCUAAAUUGAAUAUCAGGUAAAAUAGUUAUAAGAAGUUGUAAACAAAAGAAGGUAAAAGGAGUUUCGUUUGUAUUAUAAAACACAUUCCUCUUUAAAAUGACCCACGAUCCUGAAAAAUUUGAUUCCAUGCUUCUUGCUAUGGCACAGCAACAUGAAGGGGGAGUUAAAGAUUUAUUGGAUACAAUAGUAGGAUUUCUAGCAAGAAAAACUGACUUCUUUGUUGGUGGAAAGGAAGGUGAAUGGGAAAAGGUGGUUAAAGAUACAUUUUACAAACAUUCCGCUAAGGCUAGAGAGGAGAAAGAGAAGAUAAGAAGAGAAAAACUGGAAGCUGAAAAGAGACUUAAAGAAAUUCAACAGAAAAAAGAACAAGAACGUCUAGCUAAAGACUUUGAACCAGCAACUGUUACUGAAUUAACUGAUCAGGAGGCAGAAAACUUACAAAAUGACCUAGAAAAAAAUAAACAAAGCAAGGAAGAAGAUGGCAGUGGUGAUAGUGCAUCAAAUGAUCCGGAAACUUCCACUGUACCAGAUGAAGAAGAUGAUCCCAAAGAAAAGAACAAGUUAAAACCUAAUUCUGGCAAUGGAUGUGACUUAGAAAAUUACAGAUGGACACAAACAUUGGAAGAGGUUGAGUUACGCGUUCCAUUACGUCAAGUGCUGCGUCCACGGGAUUUGACCGUUGUGAUUAGCAAACGUCACCUCAAAGUGGGCAUUAAGGGCCAGCCGCCUAUUAUUGAUGGCGAUCUGGAUGCCGAUGUGAAGGUUGAGGAAUCCACGUGGGUGCUUCAAGAUGGCAGGUCUUUGUUGGUUAAUUUGGAGAAGGUUAACAAAAUGAACUGGUGGGGUCGUCUUGUGUCCACGGAUCCCGAAAUAUCGACUAAAAAAAUUAAUCCAGAACCAUCGAAGCUGUCUGACUUGGAUGGUGAGACCAGAGGUCUAGUUGAGAAGAUGAUGUACGAUCAAAGGCAAAAGGAGAUGGGUUUGCCAACCAGCGAUGAACAGAAGAAGCAAGACGUACUUAAGAAAUUCAUGGAACAACACCCCGAAAUGGAUUUCUCGAAGUGCAAAUUUAAUUAAUCAUGAAUUAAAAUAUUAACCGUUACAUUUCAGUUGAACUAAAGUAACCAUUGUCUAUAUAGUCUAUGACGUUUCACAUUUUUGACAGUGCUCGGGAAAAUUAUUAUGUGACUUGACAUUUUGGUUAACGAACCUAACGGGGGCAAUUUUAUAUCACAGAGUGCGAACUAAAUUUCCCAUUUGACAAUUAAUUUUCAUAGGUGGAAUAUUUGUUAGUACUCUAACUCAUCUAUACUUUUUUUAAUAAUUUUAUGGCCUGGUAACGAGACCUUUAAGCCAAGUCUUAUUUUCGGUAUCUAACUUAUCUAUUAAUCUUAGCCAUAGACAUAUACAAUUCAAUUGUCUGUCAGGCAAUUUCUCAAUAUGUAAUUAAGUUAAUGUAAAAGGCCAACCUUCAGUUUUCGAUUACUGACCUUAUUAAUUUUUGUAUUACUAGUCGUUUGUAAUGUAUAAUUAUUGCAUAGAAUCACGACUAGUUUGAUCGCAAAGGAUUAUAACUCAGUUAAGCUGUCAGAAAUAAAGUGUUUUUUUU